GAUUAAUCUCCCACCGAGUGGGACGGAAAUACUUUUUUUUUAAAUGACAUUUUCUGUCAGUAACAUAAAUCGGUUGCACGAUGUGUAAUGUCAUUCUGGAGACUUUUGUUUCUUCCCCUGAGCAUACAAUAUGUGAUGUUGCUGGGACUAGGAACAUCUGCCAUGUAACGUUUGAUUAGAAAUAUUGUUUCGAUGAUACUUUAUCCCGACUGAAGUAGAUUUUCGCUGUAAUCCCAAAUCACUGCCGUGUUGCCCCGCCUCUUUCUGCUGGAGCUCUGACUAGAAGCCAAAACACCACGGAGCUGCGAGUCAGUCUGACAGCAAGCGCCAAACAGCACCCAAGAUCAAGCGCGUAUCUCCACCAGAAAUCAGGAUUAUAACACGUUCCACGGACCUUUAAACGGAGGAGCUUUCUAAUUCAUCUUUAAUACCACUUGCGCACUGUUUUAGCGUUGUUUCUUGAUGAGCGUUCAACUUAAAUCUUUGCGUUCAUGUCAAGUGGAUCUCCCUUCACCUGGCGCUGGAAUUGUUGGCUCCACAGCAUGGACGCUCCACGUCUCAGUAGGUUUUAUUCAGGUCUAGAUGAGUUGAUGUUUCUAUUCUGAUUCGUUGGUUUUGAUGUCAGCGUUGUAACCAUGGUGGAACCAGUCGGGUUUGUUGAAGCAUGGCGAGCUCAGUUCCCUGAGUCUGACCCCCCAUGCAUGCAGUUGAACUGCAUGGGAGACAUUGAACAAGAGCUGGACAAAUGCAAAUCCUCCAUCAGGCAUUUGGAGAAGGAGGUCAACAAGGAGCGCUUUCGGAUGAUCUACCUACAGACUCUGCUUGCAAAGGAGAAGAAGUCUUAUGAUGGGCAAAGAUGGGGGUUUUCUGCGGGGUCCCAGUCCAGUGAUGGAGACCUGGUCAGUGGUCCAGAUGGCCAGCAGAUGAACACUGACGAAGCAGACAUUGUGGAUGAGCAGUUAAAGGAACCAGGCAAGAGUGUGCGGUGUAAACCACAUCAAGUGACUGAACAAAAAGGUGACAUAUCACCUGUUCGCCAGGAGUCAGUCAUUCCUGAUUUCCCAGUGGGUCCAGGCUCUGUAGCAGCCUUGAGAUCCAACUUUGAACGCAUCAGGAGGGCGAACUCUCACACCGCAGGUGAUAACAAGGCAAUGGGGGUCCCCGAAAAACCCUUUUACGUGAACAUGGAGUACCAUUACGAUCGAGGGCUGGUGAAGGUGAACGACAGAGACGUUUCAGACAAGAUCAGCUCGCUUGGGUGUCAGGCGAUGCAGAUGGAGCGCAAAAGGUCACUUCAUUCUGUCCCAGGGAACCUCUCAGCCGUCACAGGGGACAUCAGCAAGUGUUUUCAGAGAGGUAGGUCCAGUGAUGGCAACUGCAGCUACAAUGGGUCAUAUGAUGAACCUGAAGGCAACUGCAUGGGGAAGUCUGAGCGGCAGCCAGCUGACUAUCAGCCGUACACCAGUGUGUAUGUCGGGGGGAUGAUGGCUGAAGCGGACACUCGGGUCAUCCACAUCAGAGACCACAGCAUAGAGGAGGAUGCAAACCUCACCUGGCCUCGGAGGUCCUACUCUCCCGGCAGCUUUGAUGACGGCGGAGGAGGCUACACGCCCGACUGCAGCUCCAACGAGAACCUGACAUCCAGCGAGGAAGACUUUUCCUCCAGCCAGUCCAGCCACGUCUCUCCCAGCCCCACCACCUACCAGAUGUACCGGGAGAAGAGUCGCUCACCUUCCCAGCAGUCCUUCGACAGCAGCAGCCCCCCCACACCUCUGUCCCAGAAGCGCCUCAAGCAGCAGGUGACUGUGUCUGAGGCCUCCGUCAUCGGAGUUCGGAAAUCGGGUCAGAUUUGGCCCACUGAUGGAGACUCCACCACCUCCAGCAGGACCUCUCAUGACAACAGUGUCCAAGGAGAUCUGGAGGUUUCGUACAGUGAGAAUCCUUCGGCGUACAGUUUUGACCUGGAUCAGUCCGAGGAGCACCAGCCCAGACACGAUGCGCUGUCCUUCUCCGGCUCUCCCUCCUCUUCGCCCCGCCUCCGCUCCAAGAGCCGCAGCAGCCGGGACACCCAGUCCUCCGGAUCGCUAGAGUCUACAUUAUCGGUGGAGCUGGACCAGGAGAAGGGUCUGGAGAUGAGGAAGUGGGUGCUGUCUGGAAUUCUGGCCAGUGAAGAGACCUACCUCAGCCACCUGGAGGCGCUAUUGAUACCCAUGAAGCCUCUCCGGGCGGCCGCCACGACGUCACAGCCUAUGUUGACCAUCCAGCAGAUAGAGACCAUCUUCUUCAAAGUCCCGGAGCUGCAUGAGAUCCACAAAGACUUCUACGACGCUCUGCUGCCUCGCGCCCAGAACUGGAGCCACCAGCAGUGUGUGGGAGACCUCUUCCAGAAACUGGCCAGCCAGCUCGGCGUGUACCGGGCAUUUGUGGACAACUACAAGGUUGCCGUGGAGACGGCGGACAAGUGCUGCCAGGCAAACGCACAGUUUGCCGAAAUAUCCGAGAAUCUCAAAGUCAGAAGCACAAAGGAGUGUAAAGACCAGGCUGCUAAGAAUUCUCUGGAAACUCUGCUCUACAAGCCAGUGGACAGAGUGACUCGCAGCACUCUUGUUCUUCACGACCUACUAAAGCACACACCAUCUGGCCACCCCGACUAUCCUCUGUUACAAGAUGCACUGCGCAUCUCUCAGAAUUUCUUGUCCAGUAUAAAUGAGGAGAUCACCCCCCGGAGGCAGUCGAUGACGGUCAAGAAGGGAGAGAACCGACAGCUUCUGAGGGACAGAUUCAUGGUGGAGCUGGUUGAAGGUUCCAGGAAACUCCGUCACGUCUUCCUCUUCACUGACCUGCUCCUCUGUACCAAACUCAAAAAGCAAGCUGCAGGGAAAGGACAACAGUAUGACUGCAAGUGGUACAUUCCACUGGCUGACCUGACCUUCCAGACCAUAGAGGACUGCGAGUCCACUCCCAUCCCUCUGGUCCAGGAUGAGGAGAUUGAUGCCAUGAAGAUCAAAAUAUCACAGAUCAAGAACGAAAUCCAAAGAGAGAAGAGAACAACCAAAGGAGCCAAGGCAAUUGAGCGACUGAGGAAGAAGUUGUCAGAGCAGGAGUCUCUGCUGCUGCUCAUGUCACCAAACAUGGCGUUCAGAGUGGCCAACCGAAAUGGAAAGGGUUUCACCUUUCUGAUUUCAUCUGACUACGAGCGUGCAGAGUGGAGGGAGAUCAUCCGUGAACAACAGAAGAAGUGUUUUAAAAGCCACUCGCUUACUUCUCUUGAGCUCCAAAUGCUCACCAACUCAUGCGUGAAACUCCAGACUGUGCAUACUAUUCCUGUUACCAUGAACAAUGAGGUGGAUGACUCUCCGGGAUUGUAUGGCUUCCUGAAUGUAAUCGUCCACUCUGCAUCAGGGCUCAAGCAGAGCUUGAACCUUUACUGCUCUCUUGAGGUGGACUCUUUUGGAUACUUCGUCAACAAAGCCAAAACACGUGUGUACAGAGACUCUACUGAGCCAAACUGGAAUGAGGAGUUUGAGAUCGAGCUGGAGGGCUCUCAGACUCUUCGACUGCUCUGCUACGAAAAGUGUUGCAGCAAGAGCAAGCAGAGCAAAGAGGACGGAGAGAUCACAGACAAGAUCAUGGCCAAGGGUCAGAUCAAGUUGGAUCCUCAAACCCUGCAAAAUAAAGACUGGCAGAGAGCAGUCAUUGCCAUGAAUGGGAUUGAAGUGAAGCUUUCGAUGAAAUUCACCAGCAGAGAGUUCAGCCUCAAGAGAAUGCCCUCGCGCAAACAGUCGGGCGUUUUUGGUGUGAAAAUCAACGUGGUCACCAAACGGGAGCGCUCCAAGGUUCCCCUCAUCGUGAGGCAGUGUGUGGAGGAGAUUGAGCGGCGCGGUAUGGAGGAGGUCGGAAUCUAUCGAGUGUCCGGCGUUGCCACUGACAUCCAGAGUUUGAAAGCUGCAUUCGACUCAAACAACAAAGAUGUGUCCAUGAUGAUGAGGGACAUGGAUGUGAAUGCCAUCGCUGGAACUCUCAAGUUAUAUUUUCGGGAGCUGCCUGAACCACUUUUUACCGAUGAAUUGUACCCCAACUUUGCAGGAGGCAUCGCUCUCUCUGACAGUGUGGCCAAAGAAAGCUGCAUGCUCAACCUGCUGCUGUCGCUGCCUGAAGCCAACCUGGUCACUUUCGUCUUCCUGCUGGACCAUCUCAAGAGGGUGGCUGAAAACGAGAGCUUCAACAAGAUGUCUUUGCACAACUUGGCCACGGUUUUCGGGCCCACGUUGCUCCGACCUUCUGAAAAAGACAGCAAAAUUACAGUGAACAGCUCACAGCCCAUCUCGAUGAAUGACAGCUGGUCUCUGGAGGUCAUGGCUCAGGUGCAAGUUCUUCUGUACUUCCUUCAGCUGGAGAGCAUCCCGACUCCCGACAGCAAACGUCAAAGCCUUCUCUUCUCUACUGAAGUAUAGCAGGACUCCAGAAUAAUUCCACUCAACAGAGGAUGCUGCCCAUUUGGAUGAAAACAACUUGGCAACAACGACUUCUAUUGAAAGCAGCCCAACAAUUUUGGAGAAUGUUAUGCCCGAUUUGAUAGAACACGACUUGUUUUGGGUGCAAUUUUUGAAUCAUUUGUGAAGCAUAUAUUGCUGACAAAACUAGGAGUUUGCGUGUGAUUUUUCUUUCUGCUAAAUUGACUGCUUCAAACCAGUGGAUUCUCUCCGCUGCCUGCACAAGUUUUGUUGUCCUGGAGUUAAAAGCUCAGCUGUGCCAAUGUUUCCCUGCUGAUGACCAACAGAACAUUUCAGUUAAGCUAAUUGUUUACAUAUAUUUCAGAGACUUUAAUUCCCAACGUGCUGGCAUGUUGACCUUAAUUAGACUUUUCUCUAUACAACAUGUAUAGUGAUAUACAGAUGAAACUAUUCACUGUUGUGUUCAUAUUCAAGUUGGAAAUUGAGUUUGAGACGUAGAAAUCAUUCCAUGAAAGAUUAUCACUAAUUCACUUAUGGACUGUUGCUGUCUUGUCCACCCUUUCGUCUUCUUAUGUGUGUGUGCAUCCAAUCUACACAGAUGUGUGUCUGAACUUCGGCUUUACCCACGUCCAGGGUAUCUAUCUGAUCCACCUCACUCUUAAAGGUCCACCUUGUGCUUUGGUCAAACCAAACCCCUACCAGUAUUACACCGUUGUAAUAUAUAUAUACUGUACUUGUGAUUCAUGUAAGAUCAGAAUCUGAGUGAUUUUGGAUGAAGCACAGAGCGAUGUUUCAUGUAUGUAAGAUUUGUGUAAAUAAACACUUAAUAACAUGU